AGGAAAUACUCAACAAAAAAACAAGGAAGAUACUUAAGGGAGAAAAAGCAAACUAAUUAGCCAAUUAAGUCUUCCUAGUCAUUAGUCAACGAUGCAAACUUCUCAAAUAAUGAGUUGUUGAUCUUGGUUCCGAGAAGCAAGCAAGCUGCUUCUCACUUCUCAGCACUGAGGCGCAAGUAAAAUUCGACCUUUAUCAGUUAAAAUCACCUGCAUGGCAUUCACCCUGGUUUAUCAUCAUCAUCUUUAUUCUCUUCUUUUUCUCCUUUAUUUUAAUCUACAAAUCGUCUUUUCUGGAAUGAAAUGGGAUAUGAUAUAUGGCAGUUGGAGGAUAGGUUAAGCUUGCUGACGUUGCAUUGUUCAAAUUAAUAUUGGUUAAAAGGAUUAGAAGCUAAUUUGAGGGAAAACAGAAGAAAGAGUAGCUUGUAAUUUUUCUGUAGUUACCCAUGGCACAGCCUGCAGAAAUAUCACCAUCUUCCUUUACCGGUGAGUGGACUUAUGAUGUUUUCCUCAGUUUUAGAGGGCAAGAUACCCGCCACAAUUUUACUGGUAAUCUCUACCAUUCUUUGGAUCAAAAGGGAAUACACACCUUCAUCGAAGAUGAAAGCCUUAGAAAGGGAGAAGAAAUUAAGCCAUCCCUUCUCAAAGCAAUUCAAGAAUCUAGGACCGCCAUAGUUGUUUUCUCAGAAAACUAUGCGUCCUCAACUUAUUGUUUGGAUGAACUUGUCGCAAUUCUUGAGCACUUGAAAGCAGAAGGUCGACUUGUUUGGCCUAUCUUUUAUGAUGUGGAUCCAUCCGUUGUUCGACAUCAGAGGGAUAGUUAUGCAGAAGCUUUAGCAAAACAUGAAGAAAGGUACCAAGAUGACAAGGGAAAAAUGCAAAAAUGGAGGAAAGCUUUGCUUGAAGCAGCUAACUUGUCUGGUUGGCAUUUCGUACAGGGGUCUCAAACAGAAUAUAAGUUUAUUACAAAUAUCAUUAGAACUGUCUCCGAAAAGCUCAAUCACACUCCUUUACAUGUUGCUGACAACCCAGUUGGGCUAGGAUCACUGGUGCUUCAAGUGAAAUCUAUUAUGGGAAUUGGCUCUAGUGAGAGAGUUAAAAUGAUCGGAAUUUGUGGGACUGGUGGAAUAGGUAAAACAACAAUUGCACGAGCUGUGUAUAACCUGCUCGCUGACCAAUUUGAUGGUUUGUGUUUUCUUGCGGACAUCAGAGAAAAGGCGAUUGAUAAGCAUGGCCUUGUACAACUGCAGGAAACACUACUUUCUGAAAUACUUGGAGAGAAAGAUAUUAAGAUUGGAUGUGUCAAUAAAGGGAUUCCACUAAUAAAAAGGAGGCUCCAAAGAAAGAAGGUCCUAUUGGUACUUGAUGAUGUGGACAAUCUUAAACAGUUGAAGGCAAUUGCUGGAGGAAAUGAUUGGUUUGGCUUUGGUAGUCGAAUCAUUAUCACAUCUAGAGACAAGCAUCUGUUAAGUGCUCAUGGGGUGAGUGAGUUUUAUGAGGUUAAAGAGUUACGUAAAAGAGAUGCACUUGAAUUGUUCAGUUGGAAUGCCUUUAAAAGCAACAAAGUUGAUCCAGGUUAUGCAAAAAUUUCAAGACGUGUCCUGUCGUAUGCCGGUGGUCUUCCUUUAGCUCUGCAAGUAAUUGGUUCCAACUUGUAUAAUAGAGGCAUUGAUGAAUGGAAGUCUGCAUUAGAUAAAUAUGAAAGAAUUCCUAAUACAGAGGUUAAUAUAAUACUUAAGGUAAGUUAUGAUGGUCUGGAGGAAGAUGAGAAGAAUAUUUUCCUUGACAUUGCUUGUUUCUUCCACAAAUACAAAAUGUCCUAUGUCAGAGGAAUGCUACAUGCACAUGGUUUCCACCCAGAACAUGGCAUUCAAGUUUUGGUUGACAAAUCUCUUGUGAGUAUUGAUAGAAAUGAUUGUCUGAGAAUGCAUGACUUGAUUCAGGAUAUGGGUAGAGAAAUUGUUAGACAGGAAUCUCCUUCUGAGCCUGGCAAACGCAGUAGAUUGUGGUUUGAUGAGGAUAUUUUUCAAGUUUUGCAAAAUGAGACGGGUACCGAUAAAGUCGAAGUCAUAAUUUUGAACUCAAGCAGACAGAAAGAAGUGUGUUGGAAUGGGAAUGCAUUCCAGAAGAUGAGGAAUCUUAGAGUUCUUAUUGUUGGGGAUGCAUACUUUUCUACAGGUCCCAAACAUCUCCCAAAUAGUUUACGGGUUUUGGAUUGGGUCGGAUAUCCAUCAACAUCUUUACCAUCUGGUUUUAAUCCUACCGAGCUCUCCAUACUCAGCAUGAUUAGUAGCUGCCUUAAAUUCGACAAACCACUCAAGGUAGUAAUUGUUUCAUACUAUUGUGAUGUCUGUCAUGGCUCUUGAUUUGUUUAUAUUAGUUCAACAGUUCUUGUUUUUGUUCUGCACAGUGGCGGAACUUGAAGUAAAAUUUUGGGGGGGCCACAUAGAAGAUAAUUGUAAAAAUGCUUUUGAUAUGGACUCCAUUUAAGAUAAGCUCGUCUAAUCUCAUUUCUCUGGUUUUGGUGAUAUUGCCAAAUUUAAAGCCGUUUUUCAGGGUCUCGUUCCAAAAAAUUAAGGUCAAACUUAUCAGAUGUAACUUUUUGAACUUUUUAAAGUUGUAUCUCACUUUUUU